CCUUCAGAGUUGAGACCUUCCUCUUCUUGGAGGAUGAUAAAGAUAAUACUGUUCGACCCAAUCAAUCCGCGAGUCUAGACCUCCUAGUUUAGGCUGUCAAUACCCUAAAUACCCUCGUCUUCCUUCCUUGUUCCCCACACUAACGUCAAAACCCUCCAGCUUCAGCAGAAACCACAAUGACCGACCCUUCCGAGGAGGCUGCUUAUAUUGAGAAGCUCUACCAAUAUGGCGAGCAACUCAAUAAUGCCAAGGAUAAGUCUGCGAAUGUGAGUGACUAUCAAGGAAUUAUAGAUGCAGCCAAGACUAGUGUCAAGGCGAAGCAACUGGCUGCUCAGCUCAUUCCCCGAUUCUUCAAGUUCUUCCCUGAUCUUUCAGGCCCUGCCCUCGACGCACAUCUUGAUUUGGUUGAGGAAGAAGAGCUUGGGGUUCGGGUUCAAGCAAUUAGAGGACUGCCCCUUUUCUGUAAGGAUACGCCGGAAAAUAUAGGGAAGAUAGUUGAUAUUCUUGUACAAAUUCUUGGAUCUGAGGAAUUCGUGGAGCGUGAUGCUGUACACAAGGCCCUUAUGUCUCUUCUGAGGCAGGAUGUAAAAGCUUCAUUGACGGCUUUGUUUAAGCACAUUGGGAGUGUUGAAGAGCCUAGUACAGAUGAUGCCAUUCGUGAAAAGGUUAUAAAUUUUGUUAGAGAUAAGGUUUUCCCUGUUAAAGCAGAACUGUUGAAGCCCCAAGAGGAAAUGGAAAGACAUAUAACCGAUCUAAUAAAAAAGAGUUUGGAAGAUGUAACUGGUGCAGAAUUUCGAAUGUUCAUGGACUUUCUAAAGAGUUUGAGUCUCUUUGGUGAUCAAGCUCCACCUGAGCGCAUGAAGGAAUUGAUUGGAAUCAUUGAAGGGCAAGCUGAUUUAGAUGCACAAUUCAAUGUUUCAGAUGCAGAUCACAUUGACCGAUUGAUGUCAUGCCUUCACAUAGCACUUCCAAUUGUUGUGAGGGGUGCACCUAGCGGCAAAUUUCUCAACUACAUAAACAAGUACAUCAUACCUGUUUUUGACCAGCUUCCUGAAGAGAGAAAAGUAGAUCUCCUGAAAUCCUUAGCAGAAUUCUCCCCUUUCACAACACCUCAAGAUUCACGCCAAAUUCUUCCUUCUAUUGUUCAACUGCUGAAGAAAUACAUGCCUUGGAAGAAGAGCGGAGAAGAAACAAAUUUCACGUAUGUUGAGUGUCUGUUGUACACAUUUCACCAUCUAGCUCAUAAGGUUCCUAAUGCCACUAAUAGUUUAUGUGGUUACAAGAUUGUUACUGGCCAACCUUCUGAUAGGCUUGGAGAGGACUUUUCAGAAAAUUAUAAGGAUUUUACUGAGAGAUUGAAUAAUAUUGAGGAGUUAACCCGGGCUACCAUUAAGAAAUUAACUCAGGGAAUGGCUGAGCACAACAAAUCUAUGGCAGCUGCUAAUACAGAUGAAGCGAAGGAAAAAGUUAAAACUCAAAAACAGAACACAACAACUGGGUUACGGACAUGCAAUAACAUUUUGGCAAUGACGAAGCCAUUACAUGCCAAAACACCAUCGUUUAUUGGAGAUAAGAGCAUUAACCUAUCUUGGAAGGAGACCACAAAAACAACCGCAUCAUCUGCCACAACUGCAAUCGGAGCUAAGCGGCCUGCAACUGCUGCUAACGGAGCCAAUAACAUUGCAUCAAAGAAGGGUCGAGGUGCUGGCGGUUUUCAAAAUCAACUUGUUAAUAGAGCGCUGGAAGGAUUAUCAGGCAGUGCAAGAGGCGGCGCAAGAGGCAGAGGGCGGGGUUGGGGAGGAAGAGGAAGGGGAAGGGGAAGGGGAUAUUAGUAGUUUUAUUAGGAUGUUAGAGUGUAGAAACAUCAGCUUGUUUGCACGAGACUAGCCUAAUAUGGUUAGGAGCGGUUAAUGUAUUAAAUUGUCAGAGGAAGUUUUGAUUAUAGAGAACCUUGGGGAUUAUUUAUUUUCAUUGUGGACCAAGUUGUAUGUUGUACUUUAUCCAGAGCUUGCCUACGUGAAGUGCUGAUUAUUGCAAAUUCUCGGGGUAGAUUGUCUCCCGUGCUAGGUGAUGGUAGAUUGUAGGCUACACCAACAAGAAGCAAUUGUGGACCAGUCGUGUAAUGUGCUAGUGGGUUAAACUUUUUUAAACUACGGAGAAUUUGAACUUUU